GCUACGCAGGUCCCAGCUUUGGGAAAGGGAGGUAGCUGUUUAAAGGACUACAGAGUAACAAACAGCUGUCAGUGCUGUACUGAAAAGAAAGGAAGUCUCUUCAAAGAGGACUGCAUUGUACAAGGUCAAUGGAUCCCUGACAUGAAUUCCGGAAAAACAUUUUCUGAGGAAUGUUAUUCUGUGGAAAAGGGUCUGUCUUAUGCAUGUAACUGCAAAUCCUUCACUCGGAGUCAUUAAAGUAUAUGUCUAUCAGAAUAACAUAGUAACAUGAAUCAUACAUAAGCUGCGUAAAAGCAGACAGGUGGUCUAAAAAGUAAGGUGCACUCUUUCAGGUUCCUCAGUAAACUAUAGGAAGGGUAGCGAUCAUGCAGGUCUUUCAAAGCAUCUGCACAUUCAAAGGAGAAGAGUUUUAAAAAGAAAUAAUGCCUGAAAACAAGGAUUCAGAAUUUCCUUAUUACUGGACUCUAACACACCCAAAAGCCUUUACAAAAACUACCUACAGAAGGAUUAGAAGAUGUCUCAGCUUCAGAAGAGGUGUAUUUGGUCAAAAGUUGGAAGACACUAUCCGUUAUGAAAAACGAUAUGGCGAUAAGGUGGCCCCCAUGAUAGUAGAACAAUGUGUCGGCUUUAUUCGUAAACAAGGUUUACAAGAAGUUGGACUGUUCCGAUUGCCAGGACAAGCCAAUUUAGUAAAAGAUCUACAGGAUGCAUUUGAUGCAGGGGAGAAACCUACAUUUGACAGUAACACUGAUGUGCAUACUGUGGCUUCUUUGCUAAAACUGUACUUGAGAGAACUUCCUGAACCAGUGAUACCCUUUUCUAAGUAUGAAGACUUCCUGCUCUGUGCUAAGCUGCUUACGCACAACAAAGAAGAGGGACUAGAGGAGUUAAAGAGGCUGCUUAAAGACCUAUCAGCUGUGAACUUAAACCUGUUACAGUAUAUUUGCAGGUUCUUGGAUGAGGUUCAGUCCUACUCAAAUGUCAAUAAAAUGAGCAUUCGUAACCUGGCCACAGUUUUUGGGCCUAACAUUUUACGUCCCAAGGUGGAGGAUCCAGAAACUAUUAUUGGAGGGACAGCCCUGGUACAACAGCUGAUGGCAGUAAUGAUAAGUGAGCACAGCAAGCUGUUUCCUAGAGAGAUUCUUCCCAACAGUGGCCUAACAGAACAAAGCCCAGCUGGAAAAGUGUUGAUGACCUCUGUGCACAGUUUGGGCAAGGAAGAGCCAUACCUCAAGCAGGAAGCACAUGUUCAGAGCCCGCACAUGAAAGCUCUGACUUUGCCACUUAGAGCCAGAACUGGAUUAGCAAAGAAUCUGCAACAGGGGGGUGUAAGUACCCAUCCACUCACAGGCACAAACCAACCAGCAUGCAGAUGUCAAUCAAGUAGUAUGGAAAAAAGUAGAGCAAGUACUGAAGGCAAUGACAAAGCUGUCUCCUCAGGGGAUUUAAAGAGCCAUGUGUACGACAAUUACUGCUUCAGACUCACGCAUGAAGGAGAGGCUACCAUCCAUACCCUAUUAAAGGAAACUGACACGGGAUCUACUGGGGAGCAAAAUGGAUCCUUUCCAAACAGUCAGACUGCUUCAGGCAGCAAGAGUAACAAACAAAAGAGUCGAAGUGCGAAAGAAAACAGGGUAGGAUAUGCCUGUGCAAGCAAGCUCUCUGUGUAUGACAAUGUGGAUUUUGUUCCUUUGCUGAACUCUGAUGACAUGAAUAACACAGACUGUGUGUCCUGGUCCAAUCUGUCCUGUGAGCUAUUACAUGGUGAUAAUUCAGGGUCACACUAUUCUUCUAGGACUACUUGUCCAGAUGAUACCCUGGACCUUAAUCUGUUCACUCCCACAAUUUCAGGGUUCUCAGACAACUUUUUAUUUGGAGCUGGCAACAGCAGUAGCAGUGGGAUUGUCAUUUCCACAAACGACAACUCGUUGAAUCAAAGUGUUCUGCAAUGCCUUAUUGAUUUAAGGCAACAAAUGAUUAAGCAGAAGGAAGAAUAUGAAUCUCGGAUUAAAAGCUUGGAACAGCGAAACCAGUAUCUUGAGCAUGAACUUCAUGAUCUGCAAUCCAGUUUAGAGCAGCAGAGGAAAUGGUUCAACAUUGUAGAAAUUAAAAUGCGAAAUGCUGAGAGAGCCAGAGAAGAUGCUGAGAAAAGAAAUGAAAAGUUGCAGAUGGAAAUGGAAGAGUUCUUUGACACUUUUGGUGAACUAACCAAUGAAGUGAAAAAAACUGAAAAAAUUGUUCAAAGUUUCUGAAAACAGACUCAGGGAAAAUAGAAAUACUAUUUCAAUCAAUCAUGUUGCCACAUUUAUGAUAUUUCUUAUAUUAAAAAAAUUACCAAAAA